GCCCAAGGCGAGCGGACGGGCUUCGGGGUCCUACUGCCGCCGGCUUCAUGGCUCUGCUUGGCGUUCUCCUCGCCUCCUGGCUGCUCUUCUUCCUUCGGGGUCCGGCACAAGGUGCCCACAAGGUCUUUGGCGACACCGACCAGGUGCGCAUGACCUCCGAAGGCUCCGACUGCCGCUGCAAGUGCAUCCUGCGCCCGCUCAGCAAAGACGCCUGCAGCCGCCUGAAGGAGGGCAGCGUCCGGGUGGAGGACUUCUACACCGUGGAGACGGUCAGCUCCGGGGGCGACUGCCGCUGCUCCUGCACGGCCCCGCCAACCUCCCUCAACCCCUGCGAGAACGAGUGGAAGAUGGAGAAGCUGAAGAAGCAGGCCCCCGAGCUCCUCAAGCUGCAGUCCAUGGUCGACCUGCUGGAGGGAACGCUCUACAGUAUGGACAUGAUGAAGGUCCAUUCAUACAUCAACAAGGUGGUGGCACAGAUGAACACGCUUGAGGAGAGCAUCAAGACCAACCUCAGCCGCGAGAACGACUUCAUGAAGGAGAGCGUCUUGCACCUGAGCAACCAGAUGAAGCGCUACGAGAACUAUUCGGACAUCAUGAUGGGCAUCAAGAAAGAACUCUCCAGCCUGGGUUACCAGCUGCUGCAGAAGGAUGCUGCUCCGGCCCCGGAGCACAAAGUCCAGGACACAUCAGGAGCCAAAGGCAAGGAUGGGACUGGGAAAUAUUCCGGCUCUCGGAAGAGCCUGGGGGACAAAUCAACGGCGAGGGCCUCCAAGGAGAAGCAUCCCAAAGCUGAGAGACCGAGGAAGGAGAGCGGGAAAAGCCGCACAGCUGUGGCACAGCCGACCGCCAAGCCCAAGUCCCCAGGACAUCAGCAAGCGCUCAGCCGGGGAAUCACUUACUACAAGGCUGGUCAUCGGGAGGAAGCGGAGGAGCUUGUGAGCAGCCGGGAGUCUUCCAUGAAGGGAGCCACCCAUGAGGAACAGCACGAGGAGAGCAAAGGCUCUGAGUCCACCCACUCAGCCCAAGUGGCAGGGGAAAGCACCACAACAGCUUCCCACCCCAGUACAACCACUACCACCGCUGCCACCACUACAACCACCCAAGUGCCCAGCACCACGUCCUCACCCAGGACCAGCAGCCGAGGUCUCCCAGGCACUGGCCUGCCCAUUGGAGAGCGUAGCCCCAUUACUGAGCGGCCCGCAACCCCCAACCGUGUACGAGAGACAGAGUGUGAAGGGACUCUGGAGGCGGUGGAGGAGCCCGUCAAGCAGCACAGCUACGGGCGCAACGAAGGGGCCUGGAUGAAGGACCCUGCUGCCAAGGACGACCGUAUCUACGUCACCAACUACUACUACGGGAACAGCCUGGUGGAGUUCCGCAAUCUGGAGAACUUCAAGCAAGGGCGUUGGAGCAACCUGUACAAGCUGCCCUACAACUGGAUCGGGACGGGUCACGUUGUGUUCCAGGGUGCCUUCUACUACAACCGGGCCUUCACCAAGAACAUCAUAAAGUACGACCUGCGGCAGCGCUUUGUGGCGGCCUGGUCCAUGCUGCACGAUGUGGUGUACACAGACACUACCCCAUGGAAGUGGCGAGGCCACUCGGACAUCGAUUUUGCCGUGGACGAGAGCGGCCUGUGGGUCAUCUACCCUGCGACGGAUUAUGACUACACCCAGCAGGAAGUCAUUGUAGUGAGCAAGCUGGACCCGGGAGACCUUUCGGUUCGCAAGGAGUCCACCUGGAAAACGGGCCUGAAGCGCAACUCCUACGGGAACUGCUUCCUCGUCUGUGGGAUCCUUUACGCUGUGGAUGAGUACAACACCAAGGAAGGCCAGGUGAUCUAUGCCUACGACACGCACACGGACACCGAGGCCAACCCCAAGCUCCCUUUCAUCAAUGAGUUUGCCUUCACCACGCAGAUAGAUUACAACCCGAAGGAGAAGGUCCUCUAUGCUUGGGACAAUGGCCACCAGGUCACCUACAGACUGCGCUUUGUGGUGUGAGAGUCUGGCCCUCCAGCGUGGUCUGUGUGCGGGUGUCCCAGCUGUUCCCUCACAUCUCAGAUGAAGAAAGAGCCUGGGGUCCAUGAAUGGACCAAACCAAAACCAAUUCAUGGACUGUAGAGCUGGGCAUGGCUCAAGGCUAGCCAUUGUUUUCUAGGCAAAUAAGCUUCCAUAGAGUGGGUCACUGUGUUGAAGAGCUUCCAAGGUGCUGGAGAAGGGGAAGAACAGGAGGAAGGGAAGUCUCUCAUGUUAGCUCCAUCUUCCCCUAUUAAGCCUCUCACCUUCUUCUUCAAAGGUGUCCUCCUAGAGUGUGUGUGUAUAUAUAUACAUAUAUGUAAGUAAGGCGUGCUGAUCCGUGAGUCGAACCAAAAUUCCCAGUUGAAUCAUAUCUUUAUUAGGACCAAACAAAAUUGAACAGAGUUGUACAGUUUUUUGAGUUUCUCAGAACUCUGGGUAGGGCUUUCUUUCUGGUACUGCCUUCUCAGAGGAAGAGUUCUGGGCAACUUAAACACUUGCACACAACGGUUGCAUUUUGACCGGCCCUAAAUGACAGUAUGUGUUUGGUUCGUAGCCUGGUCCAACUUGAUGAUGAUGAUGAUGAUGAAUGAGACUUCUCUCUUUGCAUUCACCUGAUCCCGAUUAUGGGAUGGGUCGCAAAUUAUACCAUGCAGAUCCCAAUGUUCAUAUCCAUAUCCAGACUGUUGUGCUGACCCACAAUCUAUUGGCUUAUCAAUACAGUUACUGAUAAGCUCAGAAGUAGUUGCUCUGUGCAGAUAACACAAGGCAUCUUUCUUAUGAUUGUAACAGUCCAACGUCUAAAGCAUCUCUCCAGUCUGAGAGUCUAAUGGAGUCUGUACAUUCUAAAACGGAGUCUGAGUCCUGAACAGUCCCAGAUCUGAUCCCAUGGUCUGCAGCCCCUCCCACAACAGAGUUAAGGAAAACUGCAUACCAAUACACGCGUAUACAAUAGCAUAAGCAAUCUGAAUUAUAUACAUAACAAGUAACUAGUAUAGGAGGCUUGUAGACAGUUGCAAUUUCCAACAUGUCUAUUUCAUAUAGGACAUUAUGGAUAGGGAGAAAGAGGGAAACCAAAAA